CUCCAGAAAACCGAACAACCAUCCAUGGCUUCCGCUUUCCGCCCUCUCCUUCUCUUUCUCCUACUCAUCCCUCUCUCCGUCACUGCCAACCUCCACAAAUCUAAAACCCUCCUCAAAUCAAGUCUCUUCUCCUCCACCACUACAUCCCACCUCAAUGACACCCCACCAACCACCUACUUCGAAGUCACCAAACCCAUCAGACUUCCCAAGACCCAACCUUGCGUCUAUCCCAUUCUCCACCAUGAUUUCGGCUAUACAUAUGGCAAACCCCCGGUUCUCGCAAAAUAUAUCCCACCUUCUCACUGCCCAUCUCACGAUUUCUCUAAAAUUGUCCUUGAAUGGAGUGCCACCUGCAAAGGAAGGCAAUUUGAUCGCAUUUUUGGGAUCUGGCUAGAUGGGGUCGAGCUUCUUAGGAGCUGCACUGCAGAGCCAAGAGCUACUGGGAUUGUGUGGAGUGUCAAGAAGGACAUAACAAGGUAUUACUCUUUGCUUGUUAAGAAUCAAACACAAAGUCUUGCUGUUUAUUUGGGUAAUUUAGUUGAUCGAACUUAUACUGGCGUGUAUCAUGUGGACAUAACUCUUUAUUAUUACCCUGCUGAGAAGAAAUUCAAUGACUUUGAGGGCAGUUCGGAGAAUCUGGCAUCUGGGUAUGGCUCUAGAGCUGAUUUAAUCUUACCCAUUUCGCGGAAUUUUCCAUUGAAUGAUGGGUUGUGGUUUGAAAUUGAGAAUUCCACAGAUACUGAAGGGAAGGAAAUCAAAAUUCCUCAAAAUGUGUUUAGGGCUGUGUUAGAGGUGUAUGUGUCAUUCCAUGAGAGUGAUGAGUUUUGGUAUGGAAAUCCACCAAAUGACUAUCUUUUGGCUAAUAAUCUUACUGACAAACCAGGAAAUGGGCCUUUCAGGGAAGUUGUGGUUACGCUUGAUGGAAAUGUGAUUGGUGCAAUUUGGCCUUUUACUGUGGUUUAUACAGGAGGGAUUAACCCGCUCUUGUGGAGACCAAUUUCUGGCAUUGGAUCAUUUGAUCUCCCUUCAUAUGAUAUUGAAAUUACUCCAUUUUUAGGGAAUAUGUUGGAUGGUAAAACACAUACAUUGCAGUUCCGCGUUACAAAUGCUUUGAAUGUGUGGUAUAUUGAUGCCAAUUUGCAUCUCUGGUUGGAUGGAAAGAACACAUAUACUGAAGGGAAGCUUCUUCAGCAUCAGGUUAUGCCUCUUGGUAUUUCCUAUUCAUCAGAUUUCAAGGGUUUAAAUGGAACUUUCUUGACAAAAGCAAACAGGUCCAUAUCCUCAACUGGAUGGCUUGAGUCAAACCGCCGUUUGCUCAAGAGCAGUGAACAUGCAGAGCGCGAACUUCAUCUCUCUCCCUCAAAAUCUCUUCACAAAAUGAGCUUAUCGUCGCCAACCAGUUUCUUAAGACUCAAAUCCCGGAGCUUGAAUCUUCAUUUGUACUCUAAUAAUGGUAGCUUCAAUGGAGCUUUUGUGCUGUUUCCUAAAAGAGCGAGCUUUAAUUGCAAGAAAUUUUCUGUAUCCUGCUCUUCUUCAUCUUCUCCUGACCCACUGUUAGUUAAGGCUGCAAGAGGGGAACCCAUAAUUCAGCCUCCAGCAUGGAUGAUGCACCAAGCAGGAAGGUAUAUGGCUGUUUACAGAAAGCUUGCAGAGAAGUACCCAUCCUUCGGAGAAAGGUCAGAGACAACUGAUCUUAUUGUGAAAAUUUCUUUGCAGCCUUGGGAAGCCUUCUCUCCGGAUGGAGUAAUAAUUUUUUUGGACAUACUUACACCGCUUCCUGCUUUUGGUGUCCCGUUUGACAUUGAACAAGUGAGAGGCCCUGUCAUUCAGAAACCUAUUAUUUCAGAGGAGUGCUUGAAGGCAUUGCAUCCAAUUGACCUGGAAAACUUCAUUUCGUUGGGGAGUCCCUAAAGAUUUUAAGUGGCACCAUUACAGCCAACAUGCUUUCAAAACUUGUAAACCUUUGGGAUCUGGAUCUUUCCAAUAAUAGUUUGCUGUCUUUGAGCAUUAAUGGCACUGGUGUCAACCAUUCCUUUCUGAAACUUUUGUCUUUAAGAUUCUCUUCUUGCAACAUUCACAAGUUCCCAAGUUUUCUAAGGAAGGCAGAGAGUUUGCUAAUAUUGGAUAUUUCCAAGAACAAGAUUUCUGGUCAAAUUCACAAAUGGGAAAUAGUAGGGAUGUCAUUGUGCAGAUUAAACCUUUCUUAUUAGGGUAGUGACUGUUAGGCACAUAUAAAGCGCAGCUGUCGGUUUAAUCUUUUGUUGGCUGAUCUGAUACAUAGACAGCAUCCUACAAUUAAGAGUCCAUGAAGGUGGAACUAAGAUGACCCAAAGGCACAUCCUCAGAGGAGUUUUCUCUUAUCAUGGCUGAAGUAAUUGGAUCAUUAUAUAUCUGCUCGGUUUUUAUUGUUUCCUUCUCCUUUUCAAGAGGACAGUCCAAGACCAUGAAGAGGAAAGAAAUUCAAAGAAAAUAAAGUUGUCAACACCUACUGAGGAAGCUGAGUUUGAAGUAGGCUUUUCAGUGUCUGAUAUCUCGGACAAGUAUAAGGUAUGAUGCAUGCAUGUUACACUAAUGUAUUCUGUGCAUUAGCAUAGACAAAUGAGAUUCUUUUAUUGUAACAUUCAAAGAAUUUGCUCUCUUUAUCUGUUUUUGAUGCUGCAUUGCUACCAAAGUGGAAAGCAUUCCAGACAAUCAUAUACCUUGAGAGGGUGAGUUUCCAUCUUUUGGCAAAAUUCAACAUCAAGUCCAACUUUUGUGGCAGUUGCCAUGCUAAAAUGAAGUAUUUGCUGGGGGUUUUCAUGGCUGUAUCCUUUACCAACAUUCACGUUAGUUAUGUCAAUGCUCUAGCUUCCAUCCUCUGUUUCCUU